GUUCAACCUAUGUAGUUCAACCUCAUCUUUAACCAAUGCUCGAGCCUUCGCAUUUCAAAACACCAAUCAUUCACAACUUUUAACAUCCACUUCGCCUACUUACGCGUUACAAGUCUCUCUAGAUUCAAUCUAGACACUAUUCCCAAUACCGCCGCUUCACGUUUUUUAAGGGUAGGUUAGGUAUUUAACCAAUAUCAAGUAACAUUUCCCUGUCGCCUUCAAUCUCGAAAGCCAAUUCGAAGCAGCCUCGUCCUCUCCCCCUACAACUAUAACCACGCCUCGAUCAUUCUGUGGACAUUUCGCAUCGCGCUCAACUACACCGUAGAGAGUCUCAUGUCCCGGAUGGAACUGUCACCAUGAGGUCAACUCCUUUGAUCAUCAAUUGGCACGAUAAAAAUGCUCCCAUCUAUUCCGCCCACUUCGAGUCUCAGCAUGGCAAGGGAAGGCUAGCUACAGGAGGAGGAGAUAAUAACGUGCGUAUCUGGAAAGUCGAAGGCGAUGGCGAAGAUCGCAAGGUCGAAUACCUCUCGACUCUCGCCAAACACACCCAAGCCGUCAAUGUCGUUCGGUGGGCUCCCAAAGGAGAAACCCUCGCUUCUGCUGGAGAUGAUGGCAAUGUGAUCCUAUGGGUUCCUAGCGAAAACCACAACCCAACUACAUUUGGGAACGAGGGCCUCGAGGACAAGGAAACGUGGCGUACCAGGCAUAUGUUCCGGCCUACUGGUUCGGAAAUAUACGAUCUAGCCUGGUCUCCGGAUGCUACCUACUUCAUCAUUGGGAGCAUGGACAAUGUCGCUCGAAUUUACAAUGCCGGUACAGGUGUUCUCAUACGGCAAAUUGCCGAACAUAGUCACUACGUGCAGGGCGUCGCAUGGGAUCCCCUGAAUGAAUACAUCGCAACCCAGUCGUCAGACCGAUCCGUUCACAUCUAUUCCCUCAAGACCAAGGAUGGACAGUACGCGCUUACUAGCCACGAUGAAAAACCCCCCAAGGUUGCUAGUCACGCCAAAGCAGAUCUGCCCCCCAGCAGACGCAUCUCAUCUAACAGCCCCGCCCCAUCGGAUAUCGGCUACCGAACUCAGCUUGCAGCCGCAGUUGACACGCCGGGCGCCUCCAUGGGAUCGCCAGUACUAUCCGCGCCCGGAACACCGCAAUCCGUUCCCUUACCAAUGAAUCCCCCGAGUGUAGUCAGUCAUAGUAGACGCUCUUCGUUUUCAUCUCGACGAUCUGUAUCCCCAGCACCGUCGCUGCCUCUGCCUGCGGUGAUGCCCAUCGAGCCAUCUCCAAAACUUAAUCAUGGUCUCAGUGUAGGGAUGAAGAACGCAAGUCUCUACGCCAGCGAAACUCUUACGUCUUUCUUUCGACGUCUGACUUUUACUCCGGAUGGUAGCUUGCUUCUGACCCCUGCCGGCCAGUUCCAAAUGCAGCACCAAGCAGACGGCCUUAGACCUACAUAUGAGGUCAUCAACACUGUCUAUAUAUAUACCCGAGGCGGUAUCAACAAGCCGCCUAUUGCUCAUCUCCCCGGCCUAAAGAAGCCUUCGGUUGCCGUGAAGUGUUCGCCCAUAACCUAUACGCUCAGACAAUCUCCGCCAGUUACGAAACACAUCACUAUUGAUACCUCUUCGGCAGAAGAUCCCAUUCCUGCUCUUCCCGAGCCUAUUUCCAAACCGCUACCUGCGGUAAUGGACCCCCCUCCUCCACCUCCAACGUCCUCGGCGCCAGACCCGGAGAAGUUGUCUACCCCGUCUAAGCAUCUGAACUUGGAGACCGGUCCGACUACUCCUGGACCUAAACCUACAUUCGCGCUGCCGUACCGUAUGGUGUAUGCUGUAGCAACUCAAGACUCGGUGCUUCUCUAUGAUACCCAGCAGACCACACCCAUCUGCAUUGUCAGUAAUCUACAUCUCGCCACGUUUACUGAUCUUACCUGGUCGAACGACGGUUUAACACUACUCAUUUCCUCGUCUGACGGGUUUUGUUCGACACUAUCGUUUACACCUGGUGAACUAGGCCAGGAAUACAAGGGUGACCUUAUGGGCCCUAAGAUUUCUGUUGCUCCUACUGCUACUGCUACUGCCACUAGCGCAGGCCCUAUUUCAAACCAGCCUACUCCAUUACCUACACCAACAUCCGCCUUUGCGCCCCCAUCACCCUUCCCUAACCACCAACAUCGUAACUCAGCCACCUCCUUUGCAGCUCCAUCCCCUCCAGCCACAACAUCGUUUGUGAGCGCGCGCCCUUCAUCACCUACUCGAUCGAAUUCCACGUCGUCAAUCGCGACCCAGAUUUCAGUUAUGAAUAACCCACCUCUUAUCGGUGGAAGCAUACCCAGCAUCGCCGCCACAAACUCGGGCAAGGUAACAGGGAUGCCCAUCGCAACCCCUCCCGAAACACCUGGAAACGGUAACAACAUUGUUGCUGGUGUUAAGCGAGAAGCUAGCGAGAACGAGAAGGACGAAGUAUCGGGCGGUCAACCUAAGAAGCGAAGAAUUGCACCAACCCCGGUAACGGAGCCCAAAACGUAGAGGGCGCCCGUGGUUUUAAGUUCGUGGGGCUAUAGUAACACACUUGUAUCAAUAGGCUAUCGUGUCGAGCGGUAGACUCGUUGGAGUUCGAGGCACUGUUGGCUGGAACGUAUGAGCCAUAUUUCUUUUCUUUUGAGGGUUUAUUUGCUGGCCAGGAAAAAGAGACGAUAUUUGUUCAUCGCCGGUAUGCCCCCUUCGUGGCGGCGAAUUAUCAGUUUUUGUCCUUAGUGGACCCCCCUGUACUGACGAUGUCAGCGUGUGAAUGAGCGUGAGUGAAAGGAUUUGGCAUGGCCUCCGGAGUUAGGAUUAAAUACCUCGGCAAUGGUAUCAGCUGCGAAAGCUGUUUUAUACCUGUUGGUUUAAUUUUUCCUCUAUCGAUUGUUGGUCGUGAUACGUUGUCUGGGUAGUCAAUUAUGACGGCUCCUGUGAAGGGUUACGUUCACCCCGUAGGUAGAAUAGUUAUGUUUGCAGAUAGGCCUAUGAUUUUGCCACCUGUAGUCAAGUAUACCUGAUCUGAAACUUGCUUCAAAACUAAUAACACAAAAUGUCCUUUAUA